AUGGGCAACAAUCCUUCAACGGCACAUCUGGGAAAUCGCAAAGUGGGACAUGUCACAGAAGACCUUCGAGAGCGACAAGGGUCCAUUACUUCUCAGCUUUUCCCCUACAGGCAUUUGAGUAGAAAUUCAACAUCGAAAAACUCCGCCAGAAAUCACAAGAACCCGAGGUCUCAAGCCAAUCGAAAGUCCUUAUUCCGCAACGACUACUCUCUGGAAAGCAAGAAGGAUCAUGUUGUGACACGGAACGGGUCUGGACUGCCGGCUCCACCCAUGUGCGAUACCACCAACGCAAAUGCAGACGACUCAUCUUCGUCAUCAUUAAGAGACCAUCUUGCAGGUCUUUCGCUGCGGUCAUCGGAAGCCCAUCAUUUGGGAGGUCGAUCGUCAAGCGGAGUGCCUGCUCUUCGUAGUCCAGGUCCGUCGUCCCCCGUUGUGCGGCCUUCAACGGAUGAAGCUACUCCAGAACAACUGUCAAGUGUUUCCUCGCUGAAAAGGCUUCUCGUUGAAGGAAAAGUUGGGAACAACAUCCGUGGGCCGAUUUCUUCUAUCGAUAUACCGACAAGGUCUAACACAGCUUUCUCGGACAGUUAUUUAUCAGAUGAUGAAGACGAAGAAGCGAUACUUCAAGGCACUGACGACGUUGUCAUCAAUAAUUCGCUGCUCGAAAAUGCCAUGAAAAGAAAACGCAACUCCAAGAAAAAGGAUCAAGCUCUAUCGUCGCUUAAUUCCUCAGAAACAAUUCAGCAGCAAGGCAUUAAAAAACUCAAGCCUCUGGAUUUUGAACAGAAGAAGGAGUUACCGUCAUUCAAAGCUAUGGUCUCCAGAAGGAACAACGAAAGCAAUGAUAGCGAUAUAGCGAUGCCACAGUUAGUGGCGGGUGAAAUAGGGCGUUUCGAUUCGUUUGAGAAUGGUACAGCAGAGCAUUACGAGGGAAGCAUGAGCAGCAUGAGAACAUCACCAAAUGAAAACGAGAACAAUGACACAUUAGGCCAUGACGCUGGGACACGCGUCAUCUUGAAAUGGAGAGACAACAUUGUGGAUCCCAAGACGUGUAAAAUGGCAAUUAUCAGUAAAGAUAUGUCAUCCGCUCUUUCUCACAAGAACGUCAGCAAAAAAAUUCCAAUGGAAUUUAAUUCAAGUUCGAAUUGUUGGAUUGCACCUAAUUUGACGCUUCCUGCUGGUGUUUACAAGUUUCGUUUUUUAAUUAAUGGUGAACUAAGGCAUUCGAACUUUUUACCGACCGCAACGGACUCAUUUGGAAAUUUCGUGAACUGGUUUGAGGUCAUUUCUGGCUCUGACUUUAUCGAACCUUCUCGCGAUAUAGUUCGAUCCUCAUCUCGACUCAAUACACCAGACGAGAUACAACAACCUGUGGCGCGUGCAAUAAGACCACAAUUGCUGUCUGACAGCUCAUCGUCUUCGAAUUGGAAGUCAUCAUCUGCAAAAUUUGUUGAAAGACCUGGGACUCCUUUCUCGGAUUAUACAGGAACACUGAGUAGAUCUGGAUCUGCAAAACCGCCUCUCAAUCAUAAGCAAUCUAGCAGUUAUGACUAUCUGGCUCCGCUUCCUCAAAAAGUUUAUGAAUAUUCGAAUGAAAUACCAGAGCUUUUUAAAGCCAAUUUCACGGGAAACGACGAAAAUGAUGCCGACCUCGAUAAACCAAUGCCCACACCGCCACCUCCAGCUGAAGGCCAGCCGUCGUUUUUGCAUCAGGUUCAGGAUUGCAACCAAGAUACUCUUUUUGCAGAAUUACAGAGAAAUGGGGAAAUUGAUGCCCAAGCCGCUGAGGAUCUUUUCCUGCAACAAUAUUCCAUUCCAGAUCUACCAGUUUACCUAGAUUCAUCAUUUCUUAACAAGGCAUUAAGUCAAUUCCAGAACAAUUCCGAAUCGAAAACAACUGUCAACCACAUCGUACCGCAUGUGAAUCUGAACCAUUUGCUAACAAGCAGCAUCCGUGAUGAAAUAAUUAGUGUCGGUUGUACCACUCGAUAUGAAGGUAAGUUUAUCACACAGAUUAUUUAUACACCUUGUUAUUAUGACAAGGCGGAUUGA